AUGCAGGAACUCCAAGAGCUAGAAUCCGAGCCUCUCUGCCACCGAAUCGCUGCCCGUCUCCUGGUCAACAACUGCCAGCUUCUCGACGGGAAAGAUGACGCGACUGUACUGAUCGACAGCGGCAGACAAAUCAGAGACUUUGUCGACUCCUACGCCGCCAGCCUUGCUAUAUGCGAUCUCGAAAGAGGGAGUUUCGAUAUACCAUCGGGCUGUGCCCCAUUUCGAGAGAAUUCCUUGGCUCAGAUUCCCGAUUCCAAGUUCCCUCGUCUUCACGUCUCUCCCCAACAAAUUGACUCAUGUCUCUCAGGUCUAGCAAGGUCAGAUUCGGCAUGGAACACUUGGGUCAGCUACCGACACAAAGCACUGAGGUUCUGCGAAGCUGCCCGUGCUGACAACGACAAAGCUCAAAGCAUACGCCUCCAUCAGCGCUUGACGGAGGUCUUAUCCAAGCUCUCUGAGGGAGUCGAACAGGAGCUCGAAGCUCAUCUGCAUUCCAUCAACACGAGAGCUACCGAAGUGACCGAUCAACUGCGUCGGAUUAUCCCUGAUGUCGACCGACUGCGCGACAGCAUUCAAGACAUGGAUCGAACCCUUUCCCAACAGAUUAUGGAGACAGCUCAGGCUUCGCAACAUGCCAUGCGGAACGGACUCGAAGAUGCCCAAAAUUUGCAACAGCUACUUGGCGCUCUCCUCAGGACUGUGCUAAGCAGUAACGCUGAAGUUGCAGCAUCACAUGAAGUUGCCAUAACCGCUUUCAAGGAUCGCACUGAAAGUGACCUCGGUGUUGUCGUGGCGGCACUAGCAUCAGCUGCUGCAUCCUCCGCAUCGCUUCAAUCCCAGAUGGAGCUUUCACACCUUCGCGUAACGGAGCUCGCCGGUCGACAGCAGAAUCUUGAAAAGGGUCUGGGCAGGCUAUUUGAGCUCACGGAAGACCUUUCGUCACAAUAUGAGGUCCAUUCUGAACAUUUGACAGAUGCCCAGAAAAAGUCAGAAGACAUCCUGGUAACCUUAGACAAGAUGGCGAAUUCUGCAUCUGAUGUGAGCGGCUCAUUGAAGGACCCUUCAAGCUGGAUGAAAUGGGUACCAUACCUUAUUUGUCCCACAGGCACUCUUCUCAUGGGAUCUUAUGGUCUACCUCCGUCCGCCGGUAGAAAUCUAGUACUCAUCGGCAUAGGGGAAGUUGUUGGCGCUGCGAUCUCUCAUAUCGAAUACGUCAAGCUCGCCCCUUACGCCUGGCAAACCACUACAUCUGAGCCAUCUUCUCAUGGGCAAUCAAACCAUACUCUUCAGGUUAUUCCCGCUGAUUACGAUGUUUCUCGAAGAUUCUCCUCAGAUUUACGCAAAACCCGCCGCUAA